AUGCCCACAGCUCGUCUAGCUCUCUUGACACUCCUUGUGGUUCUGAUGGCUGUGCUGGCCUCCAGCGCCAGAACUACACGCUGGCCCAGACCUCAAAGUACCAAAAAGCCUCCUCGUACUGGCAGUGGGGGCGGAGGAGGGGGAUUCAGGAGGACCACCACCACCACCACCAUGUCCCCUUCCAGUACGCACACAGAUGAGACAACAGAGGUCACGAUGGACUCCUACUCCCUGUCCCCCACAGACAGCACAACCUACUCCAGCGAUACUUACCCUACUGAUUUCCACACUGAUGCUAUAGCACCACCUGGUAACAGCCCUGGAAACUUCACCCUCGACUACAAUGAAUGCUUCUUCAACUUUUGUGAGUGCUGUCCACCUGAGAGAGGCCCUGCAGGGCCCAUGGGAGAGAGAGGGCCACCAGGACCACCAGGAGAGAGGGGCCCUCCAGGGUUACCAGGAGACAGGGGGGAAAUAGGGCCCCGUGGACCUCCAGGACCAGCGGGACUACCUGGAGCAAAUGGACUCAAUGGCGACAUAGGUGAAAGAGGACCUCAAGGACCAGUGGGUGUUCCUGGUGCUCCUGGGACAGCUGGAAAACCAGGAGAUCGAGGUGAUCCUGGCCCCAAAGGAGACAAAGGUGAGCGUGGCUUCAGUGGUCUGAAAGGGGACCCAGGAGAAAGAGGAGAGCCUGGCCUGAAUGGGACUAAGGGCAACCCUGGGCGAGAGGGGCCUAUGGGUCCCCCUGGGGUAUCUGGGACAAAGGGUCAGAAAGGGGAACAGGGAUUGACAGGUGAGCGUUUACAAGGCCAGAAAGGUGAUGUAGGUGAUCGUGGGCCCCCUGGUCCGAGAGGUGGGAUGGGGCCCCCAGGCAUCAAUGGAACUGAUGGUGCAAAGGGAGCAAGAGGGGAGCCAGGGCCUCCAGGAGGAAAGGGGGAAACUGGUGCAAGAGGGCCUCCAGGGCCUCCGGGAGGAAGGGGGAUGGCUGGGCAGAGGGGGGAGAGGGGGCCUAAAGGUGGGCGUGGGCUUCGGGGCCCUAAAGGUCCACCAGGUGAGAGUGUGGAGCAGGUUCGCUCUGCAUUCAGUGUGGGUUUGUUCCCCAGCAGGUCCUUCCCUCCUCCUAGCCUGCCUGUGAAAUUUGAUAAGGUGUUUUAUAACGGGGAGGGGCACUGGGACCCUGUUCUUAACAAGUUUAAUGUCACCUACCCGGGGGUCUACUUAUUCAGCUACCACAUCACUGUGCGAAACCGGCCUGUACGUGCCGCCCUGGUGGUUAAUGGGAUACGGAAGCUGCGGACUCGGGACUCUCUGUAUGGCCAAGACAUCGAUCAGGCAUCAAACCUUGCUCUGCUGCAGCUGAAUGAAGGUGACCAGGUGUGGUUGGAGACGCUUAGAGACUGGAACGGGAUUUACUCCAGCAGUGAGGACGACAGCACCUUCUCCGGCUUCCUGCUUUACCCAGACCUAAAGAACAACCUUCCUGCUGCACAAAAUGUCUAACUACAACCUCUGACCUUCAACGGGCUCUGAUUGUAGACUCUUUACAGCCUUCACCCUUUUGCACUG